AUGCAUAACGCUUCGGGGGAUCAACCGUCUCACAUAUCUGUGAACAAAGAUUCCGCUGAUAGUGAUUCAAAGACCGGUGAAGAUAGAGAUAAUUUGGAAGCGAAGAUAAUUGAUGAUAAACCCACUGUUAACACCAAUAAUAUACCCCAUUUAAAUGUCGACGAAGGGAAAGCAAACACAGCUGCCACAACAACAAAUGCCGAAUCUUUAAAUCCUGUGGAACCACAUAUAAAUUCGACACCAAUACCUUCACACAAUAACCAUUUUACAAGUAAGGCUAAGAUUGGGCAUUCUAUGCCCAAACACAUCAAUACACCAAACGGUACAAUUUUAUUAAAUACCAAAAAAGCCACAAAGCCAGCUGUACCGUCUUCGAAAACUAUAAUGGCGAAAUCUAACCGUUUGUCACAAGAACAUCAACACUCUCAAAAGCAACCGACACAACGUGGCAAUUUAAACAAUCAACAAAACAAAGAGAAACUAAGUCAAUGUGAGAAACCUAUUAUCAGUGUUGAUGGAAAUGUUAAACCAGGUAUCACCAAUCAAAAAGUGGAUUCUUCUGCACCUCCUGUAAAGCAACCAAAACUGCAACCAGUGCCUAUCCAACCAAACCCAAAUACCGGCAUGCAUUUUCACCCAAUUGCUAUAAAGCCAAAGAUUGCUAUAGCAUCCAAGCUCAAAUCAAAAUCGAUUUCUCGGCUGAAUUCAAUAGUACCCGGCACUCCGUCACCUAUUAAACAUAAUAAAGGAAGCACGAUAACUCUAACAACUUCUAAAAACUGGGUUCUUCCCCCACGUCCUAAAACCAAAAAAACUUCGAAAAAGAAAGACACUAAACUUAGCAAAUGUGGAAACAAUGCUUUGCAAUCGCCAGCUACAUUGUCACCUUCUUCGGUCACUGCUCAUACUUCAAGAUCUGACUCUCCUUUAACAACCACUGAUCCAAAAUUGGGCCAAAAUGAAUCAAAAAAUAAAGAGAAGUGUGUUCCUAAAGCCAAACCCCUAUGUAGUGGCUGCAAAACUUGCUCUUCCCCUGGGAUAAGGAGCUUGCAUCUUGAUCAAGUAACAGGUACGGUAUCGAUUAAUGCGCAAAUACAUUCCAACAUCAAUCUAAACACGGAUAUUCAAAAAGACUUGGACGUUCAGCUACAGCAAGUUUCUAGAGAAAAUGAAAAUUUGAAAAAGAUCCUGCUGAAACUAAAUAAAGAAAUAAACAACUUAAAAUUGAUAAAAGACAAGGACGAGUCUAUAAAAAAGAGCAAAUUGAACAAGAAGGAAACCUCCAAGCCAGGUAACCACAACCAAAAAGUUCCUCCGAGACCCACUUCGGUCGUAUCCAUGUCAAGAGAGUCCACAAGUACUAACGAUAGUACUGUUGCACUCGCUUCUCAAUCCAAAAUUCAUAUCCCUAAGGCGGGUCUACCUCUGGUUGAAAAUGAAAACGAUGUUUUUACAACUCAUUUAAAGGCUGAAGCUAUUACUAUUGAUCCAAUUAAUCUCUCAUACAACAUUGACUCUAAAAGACAAAAAACUGAUUUUUCUAGUGAGCCCGUUAAAAUUUUUGGAACUAACGUAGACAAAAAAACCCAUCGCUCCAAGAUGAAUCCCAGUUCACCUAAAACAUCAUCAAACUUGAAAAUGGAUGGUGAUAAUGUAUCCCGAGCCUCAAAAUCUGCACCGGAGAAGAAAUAUCACUCAUGUGGGAUAUGUGAAAUUGGAAAAAAGUGUAUUUGUUUUGAGAAAGGUUCGAGUUCUAUCGUUAGUACCAUUGCACAAGUUCUUUCAAAAGGAGGAGCCAAUUUGCUUGGUCUAGGCAAUCCAAAAGCAAAUCCCUCAAUAAUGACAGAUACAUCAGGAAACAGAAUGGGGCUGAACACUCUCACUGCUACACUAAAACGCGAAGAAAUAGUAAAGAGAUUAAAGCAAGAAGACAAAGCUGUUUUAAGUGACAUCCUUGAAACCCACCGAGAAAAACUUGAUAGUGAGUCGCCUGAAAAAGUAAAUAUUGAUAUGGCAAUCAGCGAACUUAAAGGACAGCAUGAUAUACAACUAGAUGAGAAUAUAUGCGGAAUAAAAUUCAACAGUGGCAAUGAUAUGAGUAAGCACAUCACCGGAGGUGUUUUGACGCAAAAUAAUACACAACCUUCUGAAGAUGAUGUCAUGUUACUGGAGAUGAUUGACGCACAACUAUCACUAGAUCCUACUCCAUUAGUGAAUCCAUCUUUAAUGAAAGAUUCAGGAGGCAAUAAGGUAUCUAAGUCUAAACUGGAUAGCAAAUCCUCCCAAGCUAGUCUCAACAAUAACUUAACUAUAUUCAAUAGAAAUUUGGUUAAUUUGGACUCCUUUGGUGGCUCUGAUCUCUUGAUCUAUGAUGAUGGAAAAAGUAAUGCACAAGAUUUUGCUAUGGAUAUUGAUGCCACAGAAAAAGAUAUAGAUACGAACAAAUACUACGACGAUAACGAUGAUAAAAAACCUCUACUAUUUGGACACGCAAUGACCACCUCUGAGUCUGUGAUACAGACGGCAGCAAAUAGCGCCCAUGAAGACAUUGAUCGUCUUUUGGCAGAACCGAUGAUGAAUGGUGAUGACUUUCUUAUGUACUAG